AUGAGCUCUUCCGGUCCGUCUACAGGCAAUCAAGCCUCGUCCUCCUCGGGGACCGGGACAAACAACCCGAGCACGUCCCAGCAGGCACGGCCCACGACGAGCUACCUUCCCGAUCUUGUAAAGUGGGUAAGAUCCCCCGAUACCCAUCCCCUCCCCAGCGUAGAAUGUUCGAUCUGUGGAGAUCCCAUCGGGGUCGCUUACCCCAACGGCGAGAGCGUCUAUUCGGGCGAGCCGCGCGCGGUUGCCGACAAGAGGAAGCUGACUUUUGGCCAUGUCUACAGUUGCCAGCACGUUGUAUGCAGGGGCUGUUCGAUCCAGUGGCUGAUCAACCGUCCGUCCUCCACGUGUCCCUAUUGUCGGGCUGACGAUCCACAGCGCUCGUCGAUGCGUCUGCAGGUUACGGUAGACGACGCGUUCCGCCAGUAUCGACGUUAA